GCACGUGGCCACGUGGGCAACCAGAUCGAGAUAUCCGGAUUACACGACCGCGUCACGUAAAAGUACGUUAUCAGAGGCUCGAGAGGACGAAAAGGACGAGAGAGCGUGAUCUACAUUUUGUCGCGCGAGAUCAGUGGUAGUUAGGGCGAGAGACACACGGCAUCUUGCGCGUCGCUGAGUAAAAACGACUAAAAAUUCGAUAGGGAAAAAUUGUGAUGCCCGUGUCGCAGCCAGUACGUGCCAAGAGUUUGUUACGCGCAAACUUGGAAAGCUCACGCGUUCGAGUCUUGCAGAGCAGAAUGCCCAACAUCAAGGUCUUCAGCGGGACCUCGCAUCCGGAUCUCGCCCAACGGAUCGUGGACCGCCUCGGUAUCGACAUCGGCAAGGUUGUCACCAAGAAAUUCAGCAACCUCGAGACAUGCGUGGAGAUAGGAGAAUCUGUACGUGGAGAAGAUGUGUACAUCGUGCAAAGCGGAAGUGGUGAGGUGAACGAUAAUCUCAUGGAGCUUCUCAUCAUGAUCAACGCUUGCAAAAUUGCUUCUGCAUCUCGAGUAACAGCAGUUAUUCCAUGUUUUCCUUACGCAAGACAGGAUAAGAAAGAUAAGGGCGGUGAUGGUGGAGACUCUAAAAAUCAGAUUGUCAUGAAGUCGAACGAGUGGAAAUUCAGGAGCCGCGCACCAAUUUCUGCAAAGCUAGUUGCAAAUAUGCUUUCUGUGGCGGGUGCUGAUCAUAUUAUCACAAUGGACUUGCAUGCUAGUCAAAUACAAGGAUUCUUUGACAUCCCAGUAGACAACUUAUUUGCCGAACCAGCUGUUCUCAAAUGGAUCAAGGAGAAUAUCGUUGAAUGGCGAAACAGCAUUAUUGUCUCUCCCGACGCUGGCGGUGCCAAAAGAGUCACAUCCAUCGCAGACCGAUUAAAUGUUGAAUUUGCGCUCAUACAUAAAGAACGGAAAAAGGCGAAUGAAGUCGCGAGUAUGGUAUUGGUUGGAGAUGUCAAAGACAGAGUUGCUAUCCUUGUAGAUGACAUGGCCGACACUUGCGGUACCAUUUGUCACGCAGCAGAAAAGCUAUUAGAAGCUGGUGCCACAAAGGUUUAUGCGAUACUUACGCAUGGUAUCUUCAGUGGGCCAGCUAUUAGUAGAAUUAACAAUGCUUGUUUCGAGGCUGUGGUAGUCACCAAUACUAUUCCUCAAGAUGGUCACAUGAAAGAUUGCCCAAAGAUUCAGUGCAUUGAUGUCUCGAUGAUGUUUGCCGAAGCAGUGAGGCGGACACACAACGGUGAAUCUGUAUCGUACCUGUUUUCGAAUGUACCGUAUUAGACAACAAUCUUCCGUAAUCUACUUUAAACAAUGUAAGAAGAACAUACUCUCUUUUUACAUUUGUUUAUUGUUAUUGUUAGUUGAAAACUACUCCGUCUACCUGCUAGUUAGAUGCAUAUUCUGUGUCCUAAUUCCAAAUUGAAAUUAUACUUGUUCUAUUUUUUCAUGAAUUUUUAAUAGCAAAUAUAAGGAUGAAUCGGUACAGACCAUUAAAUGAUGAAUUUUAGAACAUCGGAGAUUUAGAUACGUAAGAUGUUUUUUUUUUCUUUUUUUUUUUAACUUAGUUCUACGAAUUUCUCCUAACAGUAAAUAUGUAAUAAUUAGAAUUUUGUGAUCGAAGAGUUAUCACUUCAACUCAAUAUAACUUAUGACGUAGUAUCCUUUUUAACGGUCUCAAUUUAAAAUGAAAUGAUAAAAGAAUCCAUUUGUUGUAAUAAUUUAAUGGAUUGUAAGAUUUGUAAACUAUGAUUAAAAUGUGUCUUCAAUGCACAUGUAAGCAUAAUUUGCGAAUAUCAGAAGUUUGAAUCAAUUUUAGAUCUGCGAUACCUAUUAUAUAAAAAAUUUUCAUAUUACAUUGAAAAAAGAUAUUGCUUAAAUUUUCGUAGUUUAGUUAAAAUGUGUCCAACACAUUGCGGUUAUAAUGUACAUGAUAGAAUAAUGGCACUGAUCGUGUGUUUUAAUACAAAUAUAAUAAUCUCUAUUGAUUAUAUUACAAUCAAAACCAUUUACAACACUCGAAAGCGCGACUUCUGAUUUUAUUCAGUAAAAUAGCCUUCGAUCAACAUGCGAAUUUAGCUCGAUAUGAUGAUCGGAAUUUUUGUUUGUUUAAUAAAAAAGUGCCAUUUGUUACUCGAGUGGGUAUUAUAAUAAACGUAUAAAAAUUAAAAA